AUGGUUCGAAAAACAAGCAUCCGAAUGACAGCCAUUAAGGAAUACCCCUUCGAUCUCAGCGAUUUGCAAAAUAAGCAAAACGAUGGAGAUGAAAGCCGCCGACGGCCUGAUCAAUCCAGUCAAGAUCAGCCGCCGCCCGCUUCAGCCCCUGCUUCAUUAGCACCACAAGCGACUCCAAUAGACGGCAAAAGAAAAGUUUCUAUAAUGGCAGACGAAAAAAGCAAAGAUCGAGAGAAUCAACCGUCAGAAAGGAAUGGCCGUGUAUCAGCACAAGCAGAAGGGCCUUCACGCCGAAAAAGCAAUCUACACAAUGCCAUGGCAGCUGAAAUGGACUCAUCUUGGGAAAGACCGGCACACAUUGAAGGGAGGUAUAAAAAAUAUUCAACGACUUCCUCCAUAUACUCCAAGAAAGCGUUGUCUCAUCAAAGCGAACAUAUCGAAAGGUCCUGGUGGUACGCUUGUUGUCAAAAGUGUCAUCAAGAAGAAUCCGGAAUUCCUUCUUGGGAACCCCCACACUGGCAGAAAAUUUGUCCCUAUCCGUUAUGUCCAUCCUACAGACAUUUUGCUCAGACAUUAUCUAUCUUCAUACUUGGUAUUUUGAUAUGGGUGAUAAUAUGGACAGUUAUGGGCGAAACAGCAGCGCCGGGUGGACAAUUAUUCAUGCUAGCUGUUCUCACCAUUGCUUCCUACUUUGGCGGUUGGCUCAUGGUCAAAGUCACCACACUGCCUUCACUUAUUGGAAUGCUUAUAGUAGGGAUUGUAAUGAAGAACGUUGGUUUUGUAAACUUUGAUGAAAACUAUCAACACGUGUGUUCUUACAUAAGAAAAAUCGCUUUAACAAUUAUCUUAACUCGUGCCGGAUUAGAUUUAGAUCCGGUUGCAAUGAAAAAAUUCUUCUUCACGGUGAUAAAGCUGGCUUUAAUUCCAUGGACGUUUGAAUGCGUACUUUGCGCAGUUAUGUCAAACUUACUUCUUGGGCUACCCUGGGAUUGGGCUUUCUUACUGGGAUCUGUAGUAGCAGCGGUGUCUCCGGCUGUUAUUGUGCCGUGCCUGUUCAGAUUGCGAGGCAAGGGCUAUGGUGUAUCGAAAGGUAUUCCAACGCUCGUGCUGGCGGUAUCUGGUAUCGACGAUGCAGCCAGUGUAGCCGUCUUUGGCAUAGUCUCAUCUAUUAUGUUCGCUAGUUCUUCUCUCACAAUGAACCUCAUACAGGGGCCUCUCAGUGCAAUUGGUGGAAUAGCUUUUGGUGUAUUUUGUGGAUAUCUAGUGAAAUACAUUCCGGAACGAAACGAUGCAUUCUUAGUACCAUUGCGUGUUCUCUUGCUCCUCACUGGUGGCUUAAUGUCUGUUUUGGGAUCGGAAGAAAUCGGCUGGGAAGGUGCUGGACCGCUAGCGGUAAUUGCUUUUGCUUUUAUUGCUUGUAAAAAUUGGUCUGAAAUGGGUUGGGAACUCGAGGACAAUCCCGUUGCGACUGCGUUUGAAAUUUUCUGGAUGCUAUUUGAACCUAUGCUGUUCUCUAUUACUGGAGCGCAAGUAGUUAUUAAAGAUUUGGAGCCACAUUUAGUGGUAGUUGGAUGCGGAAUACUAAUAACAUGCGUUGUUCUUCGAGUAAUAGUCACCAGCGUCUGCGCAGUACGUAGCAACUUAAAUAUGAAAGAAAAGGUCUUCGUUGGACUCGCCUGGAUGGCAAAAGCAACCGUGCAGGCUGCAUUAGGUCCAGUAGCCCUAGACGAAGUGCGCAAAAAGGCUACUGAAGGAGAACCUCUUCUAGAACUUCUGAAUUACGCUGAAAUUAUCAUAACUAUUUGCAUUAUGUCCAUCGUGAUUACCGCACCACUGGGAGCUAUUGUCAUCACUGUGACAGGACCUAGACUGCUGUCGAAAACAACCAAGCCGCCUGUCUUGGAAGGUUGGCGGCGAUCACAUCGUCCAUCCAUUCGAGAUAUCUCGAUUAUUGAUGAGGAAGAGGUAGUGGAACGCGAAUGCGAAGUUGAAGCAAAUAAUUCUUCAAAUGAGGGCAGUCCUGUGGGACCAAACGCCAACAGCACCCCAACGCCUGCUCCAGUGCCUAUCACCGUACAACCCAACCAUCGCACAUGA